CGACGGAAAGGCGUUGGAGAUGCUGUCUCAACUUCGCCGUAUUUUGCGCGACAGCAACGGCGGGCAGUUGAUGAAGGUCGUGCCAAAAGUGCUCAGGCUGAAAUCGCGGCGUUGACUGAAGAAUGCACAUUGCACCUCGUGCUUGGCGUCAAGCCGGGGUGCGUGCUUCCGGCGCAGCCAAAGAAGGGCGGACGCCGUAUCGACGAACUUGCCACUAUGGUGCUAUCGAAGGUGUUACGCACGUCUUUUGAGGCUCGCCACGUUGAGCCAGAUAGCAACUGCUGGUGGAGGUCGUUGUCGUUGAGCUUCUUAGACAGCGAUUGCUUCUGGCUGCAGCUGAAGCUUGUUUCGCUGGUCCAUGCGGCUGCAAACGUAGACCAGUUCUCUCUGCUCGUCCCUGGAGGCAAGAUAGACCACGACAUAUUUGUUGAGCACUCGCAAGAUGCCUACGUGGUGUACGGCGACGGAAGCACGAAAUUCGUACAAGCCGACGUUUGCAGAGACAAGAUGGUCAUGGCUUCGAUCGCAAGGCUGUGCAAGCCCGGAGCUUUCGCGGGUGCCGUAGCAUGGGUUGCGGCUUCCGAGGCAUUGGGCGUUCCGGCGAACGUGAUGCACCCCAUGGACACUACGGCGAGGAAGAGGAUGGACUUGGGGCUUGUCAGAUGGUGCGGGGCAGGAGGUGGAUGGGGAGGGAUAUCAAUGGAUUUACUCCCACCGCCCACAGAAGACCCACCUGUGGCUUUUGCCUGACGCCGGAGGAAUUGCUCGUGAAAAAGUGAACAUCAUCAUGGUGAAAAGCUCCCCGGCCCUGGAAAACUCCACCGAAGAGCAACUGCAAGCUGUGGGGGAGGUGCAGUACGACACUCCAAACAUCGACGAUACGACCGACCACUGUGCGGCCGUUGUGGUGAAGGAUGGCACCACACUUCUGUGCCCCAUACAUUUGAUUGCUCCCCGGCAGAGAGCAGCCGACGACGCGAGUGGUGAGGACGACUACGACAGGCGGGUUCUUGCAUGCAAGGAACAACAGGCCGUUCGAGAACGACAAGCCGCUGGUGUGCAAGCCGGCAGUGACAGUGACAGUGACAGUGACAGUGGCACAGUGGCGGCCGACACGACGGCGUCAGAGGUGGCGGCGGAGGAGGUGGCGUGGCGUUGUUGGCGGUGUUGGUGUGCAGGACAGGACGCCAAGCGAGAACAGCAGUUACGCCAGCGUAAGAAGCAGCAAGGUGCAGUACGCUCGCAUCCUCGUCCAGAUGACGGAGGGUCCGGAGAAGCAGCCGCCCGGCCGUUGCGGCCCCUUCUUGCUGCCGCCCCUUCUGCUCCUGCUUCUCACUUUCUUUCUGGGGUGCCGCUCUGCACGAUCUGCACAUCGGUCGUCGAAGGGAAUCGUUGCCCGAACAUACGCUGGUGUGGCGGCAUUGGCUGAGAUGAUGCUUGCAGCUUUGAUGGCGGCGGUACAGCACCUAGCUCUAGGCUCUAGUGGUGUUGCUGUGCUGGAAGCGGUGGUGGCAGGGGCGCCAGACGUUCCUGAAUCCUCGGGGUUCAACGUGUCAUCGGAGGAGGAGGAAGGCCAGUAGGCGGGGUAUUUAGCAUUGGACGGGGUAGACAAUGGCAGUUUUCCUCGGAAGACGGAGGGAGAGGCAAUGUGUGAGGGCAGCUGUGUCGUUUUGAGGUUUCCGAAAGGGGGAGGAGGAGGAGGAGGAGGAGGAGGAGGGGGCGGGCCCGGAGCGCCUUGCAAGGCCGAAGAAGGAAGGGAUACCUGGCGUGUGAUGGAGAACGUGUUGCGAGAAGGGCUGGCGCCAGGUGCCCGUGGGAUGAAGAUGACGAGGUGGGGUUAUGUUUGUCAGUAAAUGUGAAGUCUGAAUUGAGGAUGCCUUCCUUUGUUGAUCGGGCAGCGAUGCUGUUCAAUGACAUAACAUUCAGCCCCGACACUAAAAAUUGGAAUGGGCCAUGAUAAACGAGCCCGAGCGGUGAUCAACGCGUACGUGAGAAGAGACACGGUGCAUUCGGUGAACCCGAAACAUCGCAACCCUGCAAGCAAACGAUGAGCAUCGGCGGCAAGAAGAAUCAACUGUGACGGGAAAUGUGGCGCCAUUGGUCGGUCGAGUUAUUUCCUUUCGCUGUAAAUUUGCGGUGCGCGGGAGGCAAUGCUACGCUCCCUCUUUUUUGCCGUAUCUCCCUCAAACGUGCACGGGCCCUACCACCGCCCCGCCCCGCCCCGCCCACCUUCAAACCAGUGGAUAACCCCGAAGUUUCUUGGUAGGGAAAACAGCAGGCACGGCAGGCAGAGGCCAGGAGGACAUUCCGGCGAUCCUAGCUCGAACGGUGACAGAGGCGCGAACGGUGCCGGCUGCNGGCGGGGGGUUUAACCCUUGCCAACAUGUGUGCACACUCGGCGGAUGCCCUGGGUACACCUGCAAAUUCGCGAACGACCUGACUCACGAGUGCCUUAGAGGGAACUGUGCGUGCAUGCAUUGUCAUGUGUUGUGGAGGAUCACGCGCAAAGGGAACGCGAGAAAGGGAUUUGGGGGGGCGUCAGGUGGGAGUAGGGUAGGGUCAGUCAGGGGCUCCGCGGGUGCUAUUGGGGGAGGACGUCGAGGACAAAGAGCGCGAGGGGGUGGAGCAGCAGGGCGUCGUGUACAUGUACAGCCCUAUCCAGUGCCCACCCAUCCUAUGCCGCCCCAGCCAAUGCCGCCCCAGCCAAUGCCGGCCCACCCGGCGCCCACUGCCAGGACAACCCCCCGCCCCCGAAAUACCCGACGGUGUGAGGCCGCUUGAGUGCUGCUGGAGCUGUGGGGGGAAGAAGACAAAAAAGCACGCCGACCCUCUGGUGAUCUGCGCGUCAACUACGUGUGACUCUAGAGCACGGAAAACGCUGAGGUGGAUAUGUCGGUGCCCGGCAUGCGCCAAUAGAACCACGACCCCUACGUUCGAGUGCUGAUACUGUGCUAGAACCAGAGAUGCCACGGCAGCAAAGGACUGCGAUUGUCACACGGGUGAUACCGACGAUGUGCACAAUAGAGAGGGUCAGGAAACAGAAGAAGGGGACAGCAGCGGCUGAGGGGGAUGUGCAGCUGAGUGCGAGCUCGAGGAUAGCCCAUCGCAAGACACCAACGGAUGCGUUCAGACUCCCGCGCGCUGCGAGUGACGGCGAAUCUCUCUUCUCGGCGUCAACUACUAAUACGACAGGAAAGCAUCGUGUGAUCGUCAUCAUCCGAUUUGAAGAAGUACACCACAAGACCACACCUAUCAUCAGCUGUACGGGGCAAGCGUGCAAAAUCGUGAGUGGUUCGAUAGGCUCAUGCUUGGUGCAUAUCUUUUUGGUGAAAACUUUUUGUCAUCGAUCAUGGAGGUUGCUUCUGGGGCUCCACGUGUAGGUCGGUUGGUGCAAUAAUGACGAACUUGAACCUUUAGUCUCCGACAGAUCUACAUAGCUUGUUUGGGCACAAGGGUCAGGGUAUUUGGAGAUUUCGCGGUAUGCUAUGCGGGUUUGAUAUUAACCGCUAGGAGUCCUGGCGCCGAGGGAGAGGUAGGUACUAGGCAAUCACGAAAUCGUUCUGGGGUUCGGU